UUAAUCUUUGCUGUUUAUUUUCAGCAAGGUAUUAGCUGUGACAAUGUCCAGGAUGACACAAGUGCCCUUGUGGUCUCUGACCUUCCUCCUACUGGCCUGUCUGCCAUCAGAAACAGACUCUCUGGCUGUGAUGUCAGUGGACCUGGGCAGUGAGUCAAUGAAGAUAGCAAUUGUUAAACCUGGGGUACCCAUGGAGAUCGUUUUAAACAAAGAAUCACGGAGGAAAACACCAGUGGCUGUGUCCCUGAAAGAAAAUGAGCGUCUGUUUGGCGAUAGUGCAGUGGGAAUGUCCAUAAAAAAACCGAAGAUAGCACUCCAGUAUUUUCAGGACCUGUUGGGUAAACACAUGGAUAACCCCCAGGUGGCAUUAUAUCGUUGGAGAUUUCCACAACAUGAGUUGGUAAAGGAUGAAAGAAGACAGACGGUUAUCUUCAAACUGUCCCAUGAAAUGCAGUAUUCUCCAGAAGAGAUACUGGGCAUGGUCCUGAACUAUUCACGUGCUCUGGCUGAGGACUUCGCAGAACAACCUGUCAAGGAUGCAGUGAUCACCGUCCCUGUAUAUUUCAAUCAGGCAGAGAGGAGGGCAGUUCUGCAUGCAGCUCAGAUGGCAGACCUGAAGGUCCUGCAGCUGAUCAAUGACAACACUGCUGUGGCUCUGAACUAUGGCGUCUUCAGGAGGAAGGACAUCAAUGCCACAGCACAGAAUAUCAUGUUUUAUGACAUGGGAGCAGGAAGCACCGUGUGCACAAUAGUGACUUACCAGACAGUGAAAACAAAGGAUUCAGGAACCCAACCUCAGCUGCAGAUUCGGGGGGUUGGAUUUGACCGCACCCUAGGGGGAUUGGAGAUGGAGCACCGGCUCCGGGAUUAUCUGGUGAAACUCUUCAACAAGCAGCAGCCUUCCAAAGAUAUUCGUCAGAAUCUCCGGGCCAUGGCCAAGCUGCUAAAGGAGGCCAAUCGCGUGAAGACUAUCCUAAGUGCCAAUGCUGACCACCUUGCCCAGAUUGAGGGGCUACUGGAUGAUGUGGAUUUCAAGGCCAAGGUGUCCAGGCAAGAAUUUGAGGGCUUGUGUUCUGAUUUAUUCCAGCGGGUCCCUGAACCAGUGCUGCAGGCACUGAGCAGUGCAGAGAUGAACCUGGAUGAAAUCGACCAGGUGAUUCUAGUGGGAGGUGCCACCCGAGUCCCCAAAGUACAGGAAGUUUUGUUGAAAGCCGUGGGCAAGGAUGAACUGGGGAAGAGCAUCAAUGCAGAUGAAGCUGCUGCUAUGGGCGCAGUCUACCAGGCAGCUGCUCUGAGCAAAGCCUUUAAGGUCAAGCCCUUCAUUGUUCGGGAUGCAGCUAUUUUCCCCAUCCAGGUGGAGUUCACCCGUGAAGUUGAGGAGGAGGAUAAAUCCAAGAGCUUGAAGCAUAACAAGCGAGUUUUGUUCCAGCGCAUGGCACCAUAUCCACAGCGCAAGGUCAUCACUUUUAACCGCUACACAGAUGACUUUGAAUUUUAUGUCAACUAUGGAGACCUGGGUUUCCUGAGCCAGGAAGACCUGCGAGCCUUUGGGUCCCUGAAUCUCACUACUGUGAGGCUGAGAGGAGUUGGGGAUAGUUUCAGGAAGCACUCUGAUUAUGAGUCCAAAGGCAUCAAAGCUCACUUCAACAUGGAUGAGAGUGGAGUGCUUAGCCUUGACCGCGUGGAGUCUGUGUUUGAGACUGUAGUGGAGGACAAGCCAGAAGAGGAGUCAACAUUAACAAAACUUGGAAACACAAUCUCUAGCCUGUUUGGAGGAGGAACUCCUACACUGGAAACAGGAGACAACCUGACAGAGACUGUUCAGGAGGAAGAGGAGAGCCAGGCAGAAGCAGGAAAAGAAGAACAAGGUGAGAAACAGGACCAGAAGGAGGGAGAAAGGACACUAAGCGAGGAGCAGAGAGAAAAGAAGCCGCCGCAGUCUCCAAAGCAGGAUAAAGCUGUCCCUCCAGAAGCAGAGAGAUCAGAGGAAAAGGGGGAAGGAGAAAAAACAGCACCUCAGGAUCCCAAAGAAAUGGAAGAAUCCGGGAAAGAGGAAGAAAUGUCCAAAAGUCCUGGUGGUAGCACAGCCACCAAAACAGAGGAGAAGAAACUCAAAGCCCCGAAGAAGCAGAAAUUUGUUGAUGAGAUUAGUGUGGAGUUGGAUGUCAGUGAUGUGCCUGACCUGCUGGAGGACGAGAUGAAGAGCUCCAUGAAGAAACUCCAGGAUCUGACAGUCAGAGACUUAGAGAAGCAGGAGAGGGAAAAGUCAGCCAAUAGCCUGGAGGCAUUCAUCUUUGAGACCCAGGACAAGCUUUACCAGGAGGAAUAUCAGUUUGUCUCAACGGAGGAGCAGAGAGAGGAAAUCUCAAGCAAGCUGAGUGAAGCCUCCAACUGGAUGGAGGAGGAGGGCUAUACAGCCACGACCAAGGAACUGAAAGAGAAGCUCUCUGACCUGAAGAAACUCUGUAGAAGCCUUUUCUUUCGUGUAGAGGAAAGAAGGAAAUGGCCAGACCGCCUGGCUGCUCUUGAAAAUCUGCUCAAUCACUCUAGCAUCUUCCUCAAGGGAGCACGAAUGAUUCCGGAGGCUGAUCAGGUAUUCACAGAAGUGGAACUGAGUACUCUAGAGAAAGCAAUCAAUGAAACUGUGACUUGGAAAAAUGACACAUUGGCAGAACAGAAUAAACUUCCUCCCACUGAGAAACCCACUCUACUGUCCAAGGAUAUAGAGCUGAAGAUAGCAGCCCUGGACAGGGAAGUGCAGUAUCUACUAAACAAGGCUAAGUUUGCAAAACCCAGGCCCAGGAAGGAAAAGAACACCACAAAAACAGAUUCAGGCAAGAAUGCCACAGUUUCCUCUGACAGUGAGAAGGUUAUCCCUCCCAAGGAGGAAAAAGGAGAAGAUAAACCUGAAGAUGCCAGUCCUGUCAGGGAACCUCUCACAGUGGAGGAAGCGACAGUAGGUGAUGGAAUGGAACCAGAGACAGAACCUGAGAGUGAGAAGAAGCAAGAAGCUAGAGAAGAGAGCAGGACGAACGAUGAGUUAUAGCACCCCUUGAAAAAAUUUUCUAGCAUCACAUCUAUUUAUUUGUGUUUUUUUUCAUAAUGGACCCAAUUUAGUUUCAUGUUAAAUGGAACAUGACAAACAGGCUGACAACAAAAUGCAAUAGAGAUGUAAAUUUUGUUUUCCUCCUGAGAAUUUCACUGUUACUAAUUUUAGUGAGUGAGGUUUUUGUCUGUCUUUUUCAUGUUUGAAAUAUGACCAUGUACUCACUGAAAACACUUGAGUUCCAGUACAGCCCAGUUGGGUCACCAAAAGUGGCUUUUCUUUUUUAGAUUAAAACAGUACACAAAAGCCUGUAGGGUUUAGGAAAUAGUUUGGCACAAACACUCUGGGCCAUGCCUCGGCUGGUGAGGUUGAAGGUUUUAAGGUAUCCCAGAAAUAUGUCACAGAGAAGACUUUCUUUGUAAGAGGUACUGAAUUAAGGAAAGAGGUUGCUGUGGCCAACAGGAAGUGUAUUCUCAUUUUAAUUCAUGGGGAAGUGAAAUAGGGAUUGGUGGGGAUGCUCCAUGCCUUAGGAUGAGAAUUUUCUAUUCAUUUUUCAUUAGACUAGGGUUGCUAAAGCCAUCUCUUUGCCCUUAGUUCUGUAUCAGGCAGAAUUUGAUAUCAGGGAAAAAAUAGGGACCUAAAGGAAGAUAAUGGGAUUUGGUUCAGAGUUAAAUAUAAAAGGACCAGAAGUUGCUAUUUGGAACACAAAAUAUAUGAAAGGAAAAUAUUUGAUGGUGAAUCUGAGUGCAAGCAAGAACAGCAAAUGGGAAUAGAUUUUUAAGUGAGGAGAACGAGAGAGAACUGGAAAAAUCUAUUCUUGGUAGUAUUUCCCCUCACCCCUACAACUCAGUGUCUUGUGAAAUCAGACUGGCUUUGUUGUGAAACCUCUGGUCUUCAGUGAUGUCAUAACUUCUUGAAAAUAUUCAUGCUGCUAAAAUACACCCGUGAGAUCCUGAUCUACUUCUAAUGCAAACCCUUACGAAUCUGCAUCUGAUGUUGGUCUCCAUUGGCCUAUUGGACCAAAAUAAAAAAAAUACUCUUCCUGACAAUCUCUUUAAAAUGCUUUUAUCUGUUUUGUAAAGUGGUUUAGAUUAUUCCUUAAACUUUCUUUGACUUUUUACAUUACAGUUCAGAACUCUAGUCCGUCCCAACAUGGCCUGGCAACUAUAUGUUCUUGAAGAUCACAGUGCUAUCAAUAAAGCUGUCCAACGCUUUUCCAAGUCCAAACAGAACUUUCACUGACCAUGCAGAUUUGUGUGUGGAUUCUUACCAUGGCUUUUCCUCUCUUAUGGUGUAAUCUCUCACUUGGGAGAAGAUAAGCAGAAGAAACAGGUCUCAAGGGCUUUGCAUUGCUGUUGGUGUGAAUCACCUUGAAUAGGCUUCCUCCUGAGCAUUGUCUUGUGCAUCUAAACCACAGAAGUACAGAUAACUGGACCUUCUAACCCUUCUUGCCCAGGGUCACUCUCAGGCUGAACUGCAUUCUUACAAGUAAUCCCAUUUUCACAAUUGGACUUAGUUUCCUUGUGUUUUGAAGUCUUUUUUUUUCCCCCUUUGGUUACAGCAAAGUCUGUUCAGACAGGGACUACAGUUUUCCCAUCUUCCUAUCUUAAAUUGUCAUACUGAUCCUCUAUCCUGGAGAGGUCUCCCUGCCAUCCUGUCUUUCAUAGCAAACUACUGUGUGGAAACAAAAAUCCAACUUAGUGUACCAGAGAGAUGGCCCAGAAACUGCUCCAUAAGAGAUCUGUGGGAGUUUGGACUCCUCUAGGACAGCCUUUUAGCAUAGCCCUUCCAUCUUUGAUCCUGCUUUUGGCUCCCAGUAACCUGUUGUCUCAACAUUGAGUCAUAUUGCAUUGGCUCCAUAAGAACAUUUCUGCAUACAGGAGAGGCAGUGAGAGAUACUUAAUUACAGAAGUUGGUUAAUAGCACUCGAAAACUGAAGUUUUCCUUUCAAAAAGCAGAAGAGCGAUCAUGCUGCAGUUGAAAGGGAAUACAUGUACCUAGGACAUGGUGUUAGAUGUUUUGUGGCCCUCCUGUAGUCCUUGCACUGUAGGGAAGACGUCUCUCUUCCUUAGAUGGAAUCUCAUCCCAUCAAACUGAAUAUAUAAUGACCUCUGCAGUCUGAUCCUUGAGAGCAGGCUUCUAGUCACAUUAUUAAUACUGUCCCUUACUGGUGGUGGUAGAGAAGUUUUGUGGAUAUGAUCCUGAAUUGCCAGUAGUUCAUGUUUAUUGGCAUUGUCUGCAAAUGUUUUCUGAGUCUUUCACCUGAUGCCUGGUGUCAGCUCUUCAUAACUGGGAUGUACAAACCAAUAAUUGUGCUUGGGUGCCCUUGACAAUAUAAUUUUACCCGUGAAAUUGCAUUUUCCUGUGUUAUUUCUCAACUGUUUACAUCUAUGUGGUGAUUGGGAGAUGUCAAAAUGCCUCUGACAUCAGUAGCUGAGCUUUCUGCUUCUGCCACUGAGCUAUAAAAGAUAACAGAUCUUCUUCUGUUUAAUUUUUCAACAGCAUGACUGCACUCUGGCCCAAUUGUAGGUUAAAAUCACAUUUUAGGGGACAGGGAAUGGAGCUCCGGCAAGACUUGCAGUGCAUUUUACAAGUUGGUUAUGAUGUGCAGCAGACACAGGCUUGAACUUAAGGAUUCAUGGUGCUGUGCCCACAGCAGUAUGCGAUCAGGGAUAACAGCAGGGUAGUUACAGUGUAAUAGGGUAGAAGAGUAAUCUGAUGGAAAUGUGCCUUUUGGGUGAACAGAAGAUAGUAUGGGCCACAAGGUCAUGUUCUUCCCUAAGCUACACAUUUGCCCGAGAAGAACAUGACUGUUUGGUGCAACUUUUGUUUGUCUACCAGAUAGGGUGUUUACUCUUCUAACCCUAACUUUGUAAGAACAGUUAAAAAUGUAAAUACCAAGGAAAGUAAAACCUAUGAUAGAUUCACAUAGUGCUGCAGUCCUUAUGGAACCAAAUCUUCUGCAGGCUUAGAGGAGUGAUGCAUUUAUAGGCUGUAAGACUAGAAAGUGGAUGGGAGAAGGCAGUUCAUAAAAACCUCUUUAAUUGAAAAUAGCUUUCUCAUUCCCUUUCUCCUGCUCCUCCUCCAGUAGUAUUGCACACACCAUAUAGACAUGAUCAGGGCAGCAAUUUUUUUUUGCAAGCUUGGUCUUGUCUUUGUUGUAGUUGUGUGUGGCAUGUUUGGAUUUUGAUUAACAUUUAAAAAAAUCUUUUUAAACAUUUUAAAAGAUUAAACACAAACAAGGCAUGCAGUUUUUGCAAAUCUCAGUAUUGACCAGAAUGUGCAUUCUACUGUGACACUAGACAAAACAAUGACUCAAAUGCAAAGUCAUAAAUCUUUUGCAUUAUUGGAAACUUAAAAGUAUUCUCCUCUUCAAACUUGAGUGGCUGGUUUUAGACCUUGAUUCCUCUGGAGUGAGUGAAGAUUGGGUCUCCUUUUCCAUCUUUGCUCCUGUGUACUGGCUAAAGUAGAACCAAGCCCCAAUUGGAUGACAUUUUGGACUCAUUAAAUACUGCUACACCAUCCCUCUGUAUGUUCAAUGAUUUGCCAUGCUGUGUGGGGUUUUUUUUUCUUUUGCCAUCUUGGUCGACACCCAUCCAUAAAGUCCCAAUUCUUUUCCUUCCAUUAGCAUUUCAGGUACUUACUUUGGUUGGUUUUUGUUAACUUGUAUGUGGGAGGAAAAGGGCAAACUAUUCACGUGAACUGUACUUGCUCCAUUGUUAAAUUGUUUCAAUAAAGAUUUGCUUUUCUACAA